AUGGCUCAAGCCCCCGUCCGGAGCUUCAAAGCCGGUGUCAAUAAAUUUCAAGGACCAACAGUGACGAUCACGGUCGGGCCCUCGAAGAAACCUUUCUAUGUCCAUGAAUCACUUAUCUACGCGUCUUCUCUUUUUUUCAAUAAGGCUAUAUCGGGGUCGUGGAAGGAGUCCGAGGAACAUGCUUUUGAACUCCCAGAAGAUGACCCGCAGAUUUUUGCUCUAUAUUCACACUGGCUUUACGUUGGCCAAAUCCCCGUCAUUGUUCAAAAUUCAACAAAGGAAGAAGCAGCAAAUAACAAUUACAAGGAGUACUAUGAUCUCGUCAAAGCAUAUGUGCUCGGUGACAAGUUGCUCGAUGUCAAGUUCCAGGAUUCAACAAUCCAGGCAAUUGUCGAAAAAUCCGCAGCACCCGGUACAGAUGGACAGCGUCACUAUCCCGGUGCAGGCACGAUCAUUUAUGCAUACGCUAACACGACCGAGUCUGCUAAAAUCCGCAACCUCUUUGUGGAUAUCUAUGUGGAAAUUGCGGGACCAAGAUGGCUCACCAAAGAACUCCCAAAGGAUUUUCUCUAUUCAGUUGUUGAAGGUCUCAUGAAGAAAAGAGUGCCUCCUUCCAAGCCAAUUAAAGCAUCCGAUUAUUUCCUGCGUCCCUCGGGAAGUUGA